CGGAGCAAUAUAAGUGGGAGAGUAUUAGGAAAGACUAUGGCACUGGAGAACCAGCACAAGAGAAAGGAGGCAGCUCAGUGACCGACAUACAACAAAAUAAAGAGAAAGUAGAUGGUAAUUAUAAACCAGUGACUGACUCAUCCAGCAAAAAAUCAGAACUGAAACAAGAUGGAAUGAGAAUGACCAAAAAGCUACUGAGGGAUCUCUGCAAACAACACAAGUUAUACAUGACCCCAGACUUGAACGACACCCUCUAUCUCCAUUACAAAGGAUUUGACCGUUUGGAGAAUCUGGAAGAAUAUACUGGACUGAAGUGCCUGUGGCUGGAAUGUAAUGGCCUGACAAAGAUUGAGAACUUGGAUGCGCAGAAAGACUUGCGUUGCCUUUAUCUGCAGCUCAAUUUGAUUCAUAAAAUGGAGAACCUGGAACCAAUGCAAAAGCUGGAUUCUCUCAACCUCAGCAACAAUUACGUCAAGACCAUUGAGAACAUCUCUUGUUUGAAAGUUCUGCACACUCUGCAGCUUGCUCACAACAAGUUGCAAACGGUCGAAGACAUACAGCACUUGCAGGAAUGUCCAAGCAUCAGCGUCCUUGACCUUUCUUACAACAAGCUAAAUGAUCCAGGGAUUUUAAAUGUCCUGGAGACCAUGCCUGAUUUGCGCGUGUUAAACUUGAUGGGAAAUGAAGUAAUUAAGAAAAUAGCUAAUUAUAGAAGGACGCUUACUAUCCGAUUGAAGCAUCUGACGUAUUUGGAUGAUAGGCCAGUUUCCCCAAGGGACAGGGCCUGUGCAGAAGCCUGGGCAAAGGGUGGCCGUGAAGCUGAGAAAAAAGAAAGGGAACUGUGGGAGGCCAAAGAUCGAAAGAAGAUCCAAGACAGCCUUGAUGCGCUCAGCGCAAUCCGUCGAAGAGCUGAAGAGAAGAAAAGGCAACUGGAAAUGGAAAAAAGCGGGGAGAUUCUGUCUUCAAGCAACAGCACUAUGACAGAAAAUACUAUAGAGGCAUCAGCUACGUCUGAAGAAUUAGAAACAAAGGAGAAGAUUGAGAAAUUUGUAGAAGAAAGUGGAUAG